AUGUAUAUUGAAAAGAAGAGAACGUCAUUAUAUUAUAUUGCUUUGCUAUUUUUUUUAAUAUUUAAAAUCAAUUUGAAUGAAAGUCAUUCCCAAUUUUGUAAUUCAUCAAUAGGUGUUGCAAAGCAUUUAAAUUAUGAAGGUAGGAAAGAACAAGUAUGUAAUAAUGGCAUAAUAAAAAGAGAGUAUAUAAAAUAUAUUUGUAAACCUUCAAACAAUAAUAAUAAUAAUGGAAUAAGAAACCGAAAGUUGAACCAUGUUUUAACAAUAGAAGAUUAUACAGAUGGAACCCAAAAAAAUGGAAAAACUAAAAAGCACAAAUAUAAUUUCCUUUCAAAUCAACAUAGCAUAGUUAAAAAACAUAAAAAUAACAUAGCUUAUAAAAAUUGGAAAGUGCAAAAAAUAUCAGUGUUAAAUUAUUCAGUUAAUAAUAUAAAUAUUGCACCAAUUUUAUGGGGAAAAAAUGAUACAAAUUUAAUUAUAAAAAAAUGUCAGCUAAGGAAAAAAAAUACCAAUAUACCUAUAUAUUUAAUGACAAGUACAGAUGCUACAAUAAUGGAUAUAAAUGUAUCACCUGAUAUUUCUUCUCAUAUAGAAACAGACAGAACCAGAAAAAUUUGUAUAAAAGCUGUAGAAAAUAAUACAUCAAAUAAAUUAAAAAGCAAUGAUGAUGAUGAUCAAAAAAUAAAAACAAAUCAAGAUGAAAAAAAAAAAAAAAAUUCCACAAAAAGAGUUUUGUCCGAAGAAUCUAAAAAAAGCAUGAAGGAGAAGCUUCGAUCAAUUAUGAUUAAAAAAUGGAAAGAUGCUGAUUUUCGAAAAAAAAUGAUAAAAUCCUUUAAGAAGAGAGGUGCCCACCAUAAUAAAAAAAUAUCAGACACCAUAAAAAAUAAAUGGAAAAAUGAUAAAGAUUAUAAAUUAAAAACACUAGAAGGCCAGCGAAAAUAUUUUAUAAAAAAAUGUAAAAAUAAUAACGCUAUUUCAAGCAAAACCCGAGAAAAAAUAUCAAGAUCUAUGAAACUCUAUUGGCAAAAUAAAAAUAAAUAUAAACCAUCACAACCUAACAAUUUACAAUCUAUAAUAAAAAAAAAAAAACAAAAAAAAGUUUGGGAAAAUAUAUAUUCAAUUAUUUUGAAUAAAAAUGUAAAUGAUUUUAAUAAUUAUCAAACAUUUCAUCACAAUCUGUCGAUUAAUUUACAAGCCGCUCUUGGCUAA